CUUUUUCUCUCCAGAACAUUUGCUGUGCUACUUUUCGACGUUCCUUUUCAAAUCUCCUUCGUCUUCUUAACCACCGUCAUUGGGCCGUUGUACCGUAGCAAGCUAGCCUUCUCCAGGCAAAGCGUUCAUUGCUUGAUCCAACGUUCAUGCCGGAUCUGAUUGGUGCCCUGGAACCCCGGAGCUCAUUUCACUUCGCGCCUCGAUCCGAUCACGCGUCCUCUCUUCUUCCUCUUUCGAGUUCAACACCGGCGGACGGCUGCCAUGAUCAUAUGCUCAGAUCCCCAGAUACACAGCAUCAGCAGUCUCGUUGACCGAGGCUCAAACGCUGUCACAAGCCAUCACCACGGCGCAAUUGCUCUUUUUGGGAAAUGGCUGCUGUGCAUACCAUCAACAUGCUCUCCCACUAUGCCGUUAGGCUUUAACCUUUCGAGUCUGGAGAUUGAGAUCUUCGGCACGCCCCACAAGAUAUACCUUUUAUACCAUAUCACGUCUACGUGUCUUGGAACUCAAGUGCCAGUGCGCAUGAACCAUCAAAGCUAACGGAGACGGUAGACCCCGGAUCUGUUGACACACCUCCUCAUCUGCAACAGUUGCAUUGGAGCAUGAGGCCGUGCACAGGAACGGAUACAAAUGAACCAGCAGCCGCCCGCAAAGUUUCAAUGUUAACCACUCCUCCGAGUGACCAUUCUGGAGGUAUAGGCGUAUACUAACUGACUAUCUUAUCCCCCACAGCACGCCGUUCAUCUUCCUUUCCUCUUUACCCACGUCCCGUUCCCAUUCGAUAUACACAUAUACUCUUUCAAUAUGAUUGCCAUCCCCGGUCUCUUUUUCUUCGUGGUCAUUUCUUUCCUGGUGUUCGCGGUCGACGCUCUACCACUAUCGAUCAAAAAAAGAGCUAUAUCACAAGACCUACUCGAUACAUUGUCCCUGUUCGAACAAUACUCCGCAGCCGCCUACUGUCCCGAGAACAACGAACCCGAUUCUUCCACUCUCAUAACUUGCAGCGCGGGAAACUGUCCACUGGUCCAAUCGGCCGGCGCAGAAUCCAUUGCCGAGUUUCAGAAUGUCGGUCUCUCCGACGCGACAGGCUUCGUCGCCAUCGACCACACGCACAACCAAAUCAUCAUCUCCUUCCGGGGCAGCAGAUCCGUGCAGAACUUCCUCAGUGACGCGGACUUUGGCCUGGUUUCAUGGUCGUCAAUAUGUCCUGGGUGUACUGUCCACUCUGGCUUUUUGGACUCGUGGACCAGUGUGAAACCCCUGAUUCAAAAUGCUGUCGAUGGUGCCCGUGCAGCGUAUCCGAAUUACGCGAUUGUUUCUACGGGACAUAGUCUUGGUGGAGCAAUUGCGACGCUGGCGGCUGCUGGUCUGAGGACUGCGGGAUAUGGUGUAUCUUUGUAUACAUACGGCUCGCCGAUGGUUGGGAAUGUGGCGCUCGCAACCUUUGUGACGGGGCAAACGGGCCAAAACUUCCGCGUCACGCAUGCCAAUGACCUGGUCCCCAAGUUGCCUGGGUAUCUGUUGGGGUAUGCGCAUGUUUCGCCGGAAUAUUGGAUCACUUCGGCCACGGGGGUCGCGGUCACGGCGGAGGAUGUACAGACUAGUUCUGGGGUUGUUGAUCUUGCGGGAAAUGAGGGCCAAUUGGGCGGGAGUGUGGAUGAUCAUUUGUUUUAUUUUAAUGAGGUUUCGGCGUGUGGGCCGGAUGGGCUGGAGUUUUAAAGGUUUGAAUUAAUAUGAUGGCUUAGGGUUAAGUGGCUGGCGUCCCUCGUCGGCGUUUCUGUUAUCUAUACUAAUUGAUACAAGGUAUAUCUGGUCAAUGGUCGAACCGUCCUCUUUGUCAACAGAAAAUCGGGGAGCGUUUUCCUACCGGAACAAGAUAUCCAGGCUGAAGCACUCACGACUUGAAAAAGGGGAGCUCGAUAGGGCUUGAGAUGUACAACGUUAACCUUUGCGUCUGAUUUCCAUCGAACUGAGGUAGACCAACUCAAUAGUCACGAUCGUCCGACUUCGAAGACAACGGCAAACGGCAACCCCAUUGUACAAGAGGACAAUCGACUCAAUUUAAACCGGACUAAAGCCUAAGUCCAAGAGUUCGCGGACAGUACGAAAGGAAGUAGAGGAGCAUAAUCUCAUCUUUUCACCAUAUCUUGCAAAGGUCUCCGGUAAAUGACCGGGUUCAUUCCCAAGUAUAGUCGAAGAAUCAUAAUACUUUCCAGGGAACAUCACCUACCCCCGAGGACUUCCGUCGUCUCUCUUCCGAGUCUGACUUCCAGAUCCCCAUUAUCAAUGUCAACUGAUCAAAUCACAUCCUCAUAUUCCCCCACCGCCAACGGCACCGCGACCUUCAACCUCGCCAGAUCCUUCAGGCAAUGGAACGCCGACUCAUACGAAUCGACCGUCCCCAAAAAGCCCAUUUUCCUCGCCUUCCGCACGCUCAGAGACAAAGGCCAGCCUCCGAUAACAGCACUAUCCGUCAUCCCAAAAAUCUGCGCGCGGUCCUUGAACGGGUCGAGCAACAGGCCGUGUUUUGCGGUCAAUUCCUUCCACGCAUUCACGACCGCAGGCGAUUCGGACCAUUCGAGGAGGGAGAAAGUGGAGCGAGUAAUUGCUGGUGGACCAUAUCUGACACCAGAGAUUCUGAUCAUGUCUCGCCACAUAAACCCUAUACUUCUUCUCAUCCAUUUCCGGCGGCGUAAAGGUCGUCCCGUACCAUUUCGCAAGGUACGGCCAAAACCGACCCCAGGUAAACGGCAAACCGUCCUGAGCAUUGAAAGCCUCGUUUGCCGCUUCGGGAGUCAGCACGGCCCAUUCCUCCAGGUAGGCAUUAAGUAGCGCCGUGCUCUGGCAGUAUUCGCGGUCCCAGGCUACAUAGUCGCCUGGAAACGCGAGUGGCUGGCCCAAGUACGCCUGGACAGCGCCGUAGACGGCCAGGCCGACCAUAUGGUUGAGAAGGUUGUCGCGGACGGCGCCGAUGAUGUAGGAUGGACGGACGACGUUCCAUUUUGCGCCUGUGCGCUGGCAGUAGGACUGUAAUAGGUCUUCUUGGGGGUAGUAGAAGUUUGCUUCGAGGGUGACGCGCGGGUCGGAUUCGAAUGAUGGGCUGGUGGCGGGGCCGAUGUGGAAACCGUAGUGUUUGGCUCCGGUUUGGAGGAGAACUCGUCGUGGCUGUAGCGAGGCGAGCUCUAGACCGGCGAGGAAGUUGCGUAGUAGGGCGGCUGGUUAGGUUAGGUUAGGUUAGAGAGAGAUAUAUCCAAUGUUGAACCACUGCGUGGUUUGGGAAGGGAAA